AUGAGAUUCUUUAUCGUAUUACUUGCACUCGCAAUCUUGGCUUUCAGUACCUUCGUUGCUUCCACGCCAACUAAUCAUCAGGAAAGGGGAGAAAGCUCAAAUAGAGUACCAUCAGUUAGCGAUAAUCAGAAACGAGGAGAAGGGUCAACUAGAGUACCAUCUGUUGACGAUAAUCAGAAGAGAGAUGAAGAAGCAACUUCAAAUUGGAAAAGAGGCGAUCCAAUCGAUAGGGUUCAACCAGCUGUUAGCAGUAAUAAGAAAAGGUCUUUGUUGGAAAGACAGUCUAAUAAGUGCUCAUACGGAUAUCAUUGGUGUUAUGAUGCCUACGGCGGGUGUUGCCCGAAUUAUUCAGUAUGCAGCCAACCUAACACAUGCACUUCAAAAUGUUAA